CCUACCACUCCACUCUUCCAUAAACCAUCAUUUUCCCAACGAUUUCCUUCCACAAUCGACUCAUACCUAAAAAUCGAAAGCUUUCACACUCCCUUCAACCUGAUUGGAACACCCAUUCGCUUCAAACACCAUGUAUUCGUCAGGUCAACAGACGCCAAUACAUCCGGCUGUGUUAAGCGUACAAGUUCCGUCUACGAUGAACUAUGUUGGUCAAAACGACUCAUCUAGUGCUGCUGCAAAUCAUGGAGCAGACAAUGGUACAUUCUCUCAAACAGAAUCAGUUGUUAAUCCUUCUAAGAAAAUUGAAAAUGAUAUGAUGUUGUUGGGAAAGAAAAUUAAACAGCAUGAAGAUAACCUUAAGUUUUUAAGGACUCAUAAGAACACAUUGGAUGUUGAAAUUACAGAUAAGCAAGUUACUUUGGGGAAGUAUCAUUCUUCAUCUGCCCCUAAGGUCGAAGAUGGGGAUCUUUCACACAUGCGGAGUGAAGAGGCAACAAUUGGAAACAUUAUGAAACAUGAGAAAUCAGCUGCUGCCAUCUAUUGCCAGCUGAAACGUCAUAGAAAUCAGGCUGCUCAUAUCAAAGACGUUCUUGGAGUUGUUGCUACUCUUGGGAAAGUUAAGGAUGAUAAUCUUAGCUGGCUUCUAUCAGAGUACCUUGGGCUGGAAAAUAUGUUGUCAUUAGUUUGCAUAACAUAUGACGGUAUUAAAGCAUUGGUAACCUAUGAUAAAGACGGUUCUAUAAAUAAAAAUUCUGGUCUUUAUGGUCUUGGAACUGCCAUAGGACAGCCUCUGGACGGAAGAUUUAAUGUUAUCUGUCUUGAAAAUUUGAGGCCUUAUGUUGGCGAGUUUAUGCCUAACGACCCGCAAAAAAGGCUUGAUCUUUCGAAACCAAGAUUACCAAACGGAGAAACUCCAGCAGGGUUUAUCGGGUUUGCUGUGAAUAUGAUUCAUAUUGAUGAUACAAAUUUGUUCUAUCUCACAAAUGAUGGCAACGGCUUAAGAGAGACCCUUUUCUAUACUCUCUUUUCGAGGCUGCAAGUUUAUAAAAGCAGGACAGAAAUGAUUCAAGCCCUUCCUUGCAUAUAUGACGGAGCCGUCUCGUUGGAUGGAGGAAUGAUUAAGGGUAAUGGCGUAUAUUCCCUUGGCACCCGGGAAGAGAUUGAUGUGAAAUUCCCGAUAACAUCCGGGGUUUCUUAUCUGCCUGAGGCCUGCAUUGAAGUUGAAAAAGAAAUGAAAGAGCUUAAAUGGAAAAGGGAAAGAAUGAUGGAAGAUAUACAAAGGGAAGAAGCCUUGUUAUCCCAUGUUAAGUACAGUUUUGAAGUCAAGAAGCAAGAGUUUCUUGGAUUCAUGGCACAAAGUUCUCCAUACACAAUGCCGUACCCGGUGCCGGUUACUCCAACUCCAAAAGGAAGAUCAACACCAAGAUGAAAAUCUUUUGAGAAUGGUAAGUUUGAGGUUCAGUAGGAAUUGGUGAUUAGAAUCAGAAUAUGGAGCACCUUAAUGGGUCAUGUAAUGCCCAAACAGAAUGUUGACUUUUGUAGUAUGUUUCUGUUUGUGCUUCAAUAUUAAGUAUCUGGUAGGAUCUUGUUUCCAUUUUUUUGGAAUAUCAAAAUGAUGGUGCUUUCUAGUUUCUACUAAUUAAUGUGUUAAUCAUA